AAUCACCGACCAUAACGUUGCAUCCCGUGGCAACUCUCAGUCGAGAGCCGGACCUAGACCUGAUCGAACCGAGCGAGGACCAACCCGAGACCUAUUUCUUCUAAGAAUCUGCUGCGAGAACGCCACACGCUUUCACCGCGAUGCUGAGGGGAACCAUUCUCGUUUUCGUAGCUCUGCUCGUGGUUGCCAGUGCGACCGAGGUUUCACACUGCGGCACUGGAGAAAAGUUCGAGGAUCCGAAUCAGGUUAAGAUAACCGGCUGCGACUCGCCACCGUGCAAAUUGAAGCGCAGAACAAAGGCAGCGGUGGAGCAGAAGUUCGUGCCGAGCGAAGAUGUCGAGACGUUGGUGAAUGCCGUGCAUGCUGCCAUCCUUGGUGUUCCGUUGCCGUUCCUCGGCGUGGACGGGACCAACGCGUGCGAAAACAUCUACAACGCGGACGGAUCUCCGGCUGGCUGCUCGCUGAAGAAAGGCGUCGAAUACACGUACAAGCGAGAGUUUCCCGUGCUGCAAAUCUAUCCCACGGUUUCCAUGGUUAUUCACUACUCGUUGAUGCAAGGAAACAGCACGGUCGCGUGCUUCGAAGUUCCAGCCAAGAUCACCAAUUGAGGAGCGCAGGGCCGUUCGUUGCUUUCUGGAAGACCACUUGCGAGUUCCAGAAGAGACGAAAGUGCGCGCGUUCCUGCUGCACUCGAGAUUUAUGUACAAUAAAGAUGGACGACGUGGAAGAGAGCGUUCGCAUGGGAAACCGAUCUCCGCGGAUAGAGCAAUUCUCACGUAGUCUUGUUUCCACGAGCUUAAUCAGUAUAUAGCGUACGCGAGUAAUUGUAAUUGUUAAUAAAAGCUUUUGUAUAUUUUCGUCGCGA